CGGUUCAAUAAACAGUGCCAGACCGGGUGGAUAAAUCGAUUCUUCAAUCGACUGAGACGCUGAGAAAAAAAAAACACAAAUGGUGGCGGGGAGGGUUUUCGUUUUCUCUUCUUCUCUGGCUCUUCGUAAAGCUCAUAACUUGAAGAUACUCUUCUCUAAAUCUUCCAUUUUUACGAAAUACCCACUUCACAGAACCAGUAGCUUGGGUGAUGUUAUGUGCAAGGCUUUUGGUCAAGAACCUUCUUUUGGACUACUUCAUGAUUUAAGAAGAUUUCCUUUUAACGGAUGUCUAUGGAUUCAUUCAGCUCCAUCUCUGAGUACUGUCGACAAAGUUGUGGAUCCACUGAAGUGUCCUGAGAGUGGAAAAAUUGCUGAUGCUGCGGGUGAUUCAAAAGUAAAGAGAAAGAAGCUGAAAGGAAAACGAGCUGUUGUAAGGUGGUUAAAGUUCUUUAGAUGGAAGAAGAAGAAAGAAUAUGAAAGGAUGACAGCAGAAGAGAAAAUUUUGUAUAAAUUAAGAAAGGCUCGGAAGAAAGAGGAAAGGCUAGUUGAAGCAUUGAAAAAGGUCGAACCUAAGGAAUCCUCUGAUACAACCCAUGAUCCGGAGGUAUUAACGCCAGAAGAACAUUUCUUCUAUCUGAAGAUGGGCCUCAAGUGCAAGAAUUAUGUUCCUGUUGGAAGACGGGGAAUAUACCAGGGUGUAAUUCUAAAUAUGCAUCUGCACUGGAAGAAACAUCAGACUCUGAAGGUUGUGGUAAAGACGUUCUCAGCAGAGGAGGUCAAGGAGAUUGCUGCUGAGCUGGCCAGAUUGACUGGAGGAAUUGUUCUUGAUAUUCAUGAAGAAAAUACAGUAAUUAUGUACAGAGGGAAGAAUUAUUCACAACCCCCAACAGAGAUAAUGUCCCCCAGGGUCACACUCUCAAGAAAGAAGGCUUUGGAUAAAUCCAAGUAUAGGGAUGGCCUUCGUGCAGUGAGGAAAUAUAUUCCAAAACUAGAGCAGGACCUUGAACUGUUUCGUGCACGGUCUGAAAGAAGAGCUGAAACAGGUGUUAAUGUUUUAGAAGAUAUCCAAAACACUGAGGUAGAUAGUGUAGAUUCAGAAGGCAUUCAAAGUACGAAGGAGUCCUUGGAAGAUUAUCCUGAAAUGGAUUCAUUAAUGGCAGAUUCUGAAGAUUUGUCGGAUAUUUUUGAGACGGACUGUGACUCAGAAACAGACGAGAGGGCACAACGACCACUUUAUUUGGAUGAGUUUGACAAAUUUCCAGCAGAAAAUGAUGAGGAACCUGAAGCUUUUGAGGAGCACCUGUGUCAAAUAUCUGUUAACACAAGAGAUGUGAAAUCAUUAGAGAAAGAUGUAGAUGUGAAAUCAUUAGAGAAAGAUGUAAACUCAGCAAAUUUUGAUGAAGUUGAUCAGAUGUUUUUGCGUGCUGCAACACUUCUAAAGAAACAAAGGAGAUAGGAGAUCUAUAUUUAUAAGUCAGUAUAGUGGUGGUAAUCUAUGAUGUUGAAAUGGAUGUUUCCAUGCUCUUGUUACCUUAUUUUGUGUAACAUUUAUUGACAAGGCAACAGUCUUGGAUACAUUAUGGAUCUGGAAUGCAUAUUUCAACUUUAUUUA